UGCCGGAAAGCUGGAGUUCAGAUUGUUAAAGGAAAACAGCAGCGUGAAAUACAGCUUACAAUCUGAGCCGGGGGAGUGACUUCACUUUGAAUUCGAAGACAGAUAAAUAAGAAAACCGUCAGAUUCGGACUGGGGUUGAUACAGAUCUAUUCUAGGUGCACUAGAAAAAGGCUGUCGCGAUGCAGGAUGCGGGGGACAGGGGCGACCAGGCGGUCAGCCUCGCGCUGCCCCCGGCCGCGGCCGGGCUGUUCGAAGGCACCACCGCGGCCUCGCGGCUCCUGCGGGCGGAGCUGGAGCUCUGCGCCCGGCUGCGCGGGCUGGCGUUCGGCGAGCCGGUGCGCUACGUCUACAACCCGCUGGAGUACGCCUGGGAGAUGCACAGCUGCUACGUCAACACCUACUGCCACGACGGGCAGGACGUCCUCUUCCUGGGCAUGAACCCGGGUCCCUUCGGCAUGGCACAGACUGGGCCCACUGGCACAGCGAGGUCUAUCCACACCUUGAAUUGGGUCCAGAUGGGCGUUCAUGCUCAGAAAGCCGCGUCCGGAAGGCAGCUGAGGCAGCAGGGCGACAGCAGAGCUGCGAGUGGGGCCAGGUCCCGGCUCACGGGCGGCUCUGCAGCGGCGAGCGUUGUCUUCGUCGCGGUCGCCGGAGGAACAGCGGGGACGCUCUUGAGAAAGGCGCAGCGGAGAGCUCCGGAAAGACGCCGCGCGCUGGGCGCCGCCGGGAUGGAGGUGCGCGUGGAGGGGCUCAUGCACCCCUCGCCCCGGAACCCCCUCGCCAACAAGGGCUGGGAGGGCAUCGCCCGGGCGCGGCUGGAGGAGCUGGGCAUCCUGGCGCUGCUCGCUCCCUGACUGGCGGCGCCUCUCAGACUGCGGCGCUGGCGGGGAGGAUGGGGGGAGGAGACUCCUGUUGCUCAGCGGUCUGAUCCGUGCUCCGGGUUUCACAGGUGUCUCAGGUCCGUACGGAUGGCUCUGAUUAACGGUCCGGACCAGGAGCUGGAUAAGACUGCACGUGAGUCGGCUGCGAUCGGAAGCGGUCAGGGACACGAGACUGCGCUCAGUGUGACAGUUAUACACCGUGCCAGACUGCCGAUUUUGGUGCUUGACUUCCAUUCUGCAGCACUUGGUUUUAUAUUAGGCUUUUUAGCCACAGUUAUUUGUUCCUCCAGCGUGUAAGAGGUUCCUUUCUUCAGGCCAGUGGAAAGAGCGAAACCGUGCAGCGAAUGGUUGCCACACACUGGAAGCGAUGCGGUGGCUCAGGGGUGUUCUGCUGUAAUAUUCCUCGAACCUCACCUCUGCCGGUGCAGUGGCACAUUUAAAACACCCUGGUAAGAGCUGACGCUCAGUCCAGAGCGCUGUGCAGGAGUCUGCGGUGCCCCAGGGCUGGGAAUAAGCCACACGGACCAGGAGUGCUGCAGCGUGGAGCGAAUGUCCCGUCACGGAUACCAGAACGUUGAUCCGGAUUUCAUUCUCAUGGACACCUGUUGAAUCGGGGGGGGGGGUGUGGACAGCCAGCCCCUGUGUUCCUGGAGGAACGACCCGUGUUUAUUGUCCAGGUCCUGCGUUGUUCCAAAGUCCAGUUUAGUUUAGACUUGGAAAUCCACCUCUGUCUGUCCCUGGCUGAGAGAGAGGUGAAACGAAGGACGUUGCCUUAUUUUCGGUGUCGUCCCCCACCUGCCACUUUACCGGCUCCUCGGGCAUUUAUACCUUUGGUAACAUGAUGAAGUCGGUGGGUUUUGCAGCCGUUUGUACAGCUGGGUAUUUCACUGUUCGAGGGGAGUGCCCUUCCCAUGCUCGAGGGGAUGAUAGCAGUGUGUCACUUGAGAUUCGAACCCGCACCCUCCCAGUUACAGGUCCAGAACCUGACCUCUCCUCCACGCUGCUGCCCGGCCAGGCGGACAGGCAGGGAGGGGGUCCCAGCUGCUUAUCCCAAUCUGGAUCCCGAAAGCAAAAGAACACUAGUCCGAAGGGUUGUUUAUUUAUUUUUUUUUUUUCCCAGUCGUUGUAUUUUUCUGGUAAAACUGAAGCACGCCAGACUCCAGACAGCCCCCAACUGCCCGCUGACCCGACGCUGCAGGGUCUCCCAUUAUCUCUCCCUGGACAUCUGCAAACGGGCGCGCCGACAGUCAUCCGACACAAACGCUGGGGACGCAUCGAUUUUCUCCUAGCCCCCCUCCGCCUCCACCCCUCUUCUCCGCAGUCUGUUUGCUCCUGUCACUCUCGGCAGCGCUGAAAGGAUGAGGACACCAGAGACACCCCCUCCUCACAGCCACCCUCCCUGCCCUGCGUGAUCAGAGUGUUUGUUUACCUUGUUAAUUGUUUCCUUUCAUUAGGGAAGGCUCAGCUAUUACAGCGCGUUACGGCGCUAAGUGCUCUCCCAGUCUAGAAGGGGUCAAUACCGAAGAUGGAUUGCACACUUGCGCGCAGGGCUGCCGAGCUCUUUCCCCGGACGCAGACGCGCAGAUAAAUCCGGGUUCACGUCCUGUCGGGCCCCCGGAUGACGCCAUCCCUCCCGUCUCCAGCACCCAGAAACCAGGCAGCACUACGCAGCAGAGAAAUAAGCUUUCGAGUUUGUGUGUGUUUGUUCUCCAGCCGUGUCGCCGAUGACAGAAUGGUUGUGAUCACUUCUGUAAUAAAUAAGCUUGAGAGAAAUGA